GAUUCCGGAAGUUGGCUCGGCGCGGCCGGAAGUAAGAGGGCAGAGCGCUGGGGCCGCCAUGAAGCCGGCGGUGGACGAGAUGUUUCCCGAGGGCGCCGGUCCCUACGUGGACCUGGACGAGGCAGGGGGAAGCACGGGGCUGCUGAUGGAUCUGGCCGCCAACGAGAAGGCCGUGCACGCCGACUUCUUCAACGAUUUUGAAGAUCUGUUUGAUGACGAUGACGUCCAGUGAACUUAGUUGUGCUGCUGUGCUGAGAUGUGGAGUUUUCUCUGGGAUCGCCUGUGGUGUCCUUUAUUUAUUACAAUGAUUAGAACAGGAAAAUUUUUCCUAGGGGGUGAAUAAGAAGACUGUUAAAGCUGCCUAGGGAAUGUGGAAGUCAGCUGGCUAAAAGUAACCGAGAACUGUGGACUGUUAUUUCUAGAUAGGUGUUUGUAGAUCUGUCUUAAAAUUGUACUUGCUGAUGUGCUAUUCAAAAAAAAAC